GAGCAAGUGCCCUAACAGAACCAGACUGCUAAGCUUGUCACCAGUGUUCCAGGAGCCAAACCAGCAAUGUCUUCCCCUGCACAACCUGAAAUCCCUGCCCCGCUGAACGACUUGAAGAUUCAGUAUACCAAGAUCUUCAUCAACAAUGAAUGGCAUGAUUCAGUGAGUGGCAAGAAAUUUCCUGUUAUUAACCCAGCAACUGAGGAGAUCAUCUGCCAUGUGGAAGAAGGGGACAAGGCAGAUGUGGACAAAGCCGUGAAGGCUGCACGACAGGCUUUUCAGAUUGGCUCCACAUGGCGCACCAUGGAUGCUUCAGAGAGGGGGCGGCUGCUGAACAAGCUGGCUGACUUAAUGGAAAGAGACCGUCUACUGCUGACUACAAUGGAAUCAAUGAAUGCUGGAAAAGUAUUUCCUCAUGCAUACACGAUGGAUUUAGAAGUAAGCAUAAAAAUAUUAAAGUACUGCGCAGGCUGGGCUGACAAGAUCCAUGGCCAAACAAUACCAAGUGAUGGAGAUAUUUUCACUUAUACAAGACGUGAGCCUAUUGGGGUGUGUGGCCAAAUCAUCCCCUGGAAUGGUCCCUUGUUCGUUUUCACUGGAAAGUUAGCCCCUGCCCUUGCCUGUGGGAACACAGUGAUUGUCAAACCAGCAGAGCAAACCCCUCUCACUGCUCUUCAUAUGGCAUCUUUAGUAAAAGAGGCAGGAUUUCCUCCUGGUGUGGUGAAUGUUGUCCCUGGUUAUGGACCAACUGCAGGGGCAGCCAUCUCCUCACACAUGGACAUCGACAAAGUGUCCUUCACAGGAUCAACAGAGGUUGGCAAAUUAAUCAAAGAAGCUGCAGGGAAAAGCAAUCUGAAGAGGGUCACCCUGGAGCUGGGGGGAAAGAGUCCUUGCAUUGUGUUUGCAGAUGCUGACUUGGACAGUGCUGUUGAGUUUGCACACCAAGGAGUGUUCUGCCAUCAGGGUCAGAUUUGUGUAGCAGCAUCCAGACUUUUUGUUGAGGAGUCAAUUUAUGACGAGUUCGUGAAAAGGAGUGUUGAGCGGGCUAAGAAAUACAUUCUUGGAAAUCCUCUGAAUGCAGGAAUAAAUCAAGGUCCUCAGAUUGACAAGGAGCAACUUGACAAAAUACUUGAUCUCAUUGAGAGUGGGAAGAAAGAAGGAGCCAAACUGGAGUGUGGUGGUGGACGCUGGGGGAACAAAGGCUUCUUUGUUCAGCCCACAGUGUUCUCCAAUGUUACCGAUGAGAUGCGCAUUGCCAAAGAGGAGAUAUUUGGACCAGUGCAACAAAUCAUGAAGUUUAAAUCUAUAGAUGAUGUGAUCAAGAGAGCGAACAACACCUCCUAUGGCCUGGCAGCUGGAGUCUUUACAAAAGACCUGGAUAAGGCCCUCACUGUAUCUUCUGCUCUGCAGGCUGGGCUAGUGUGGGUGAACUGCUAUUUGGCUAUGGCUGUCCAGUGUCCUUUUGGUGGAUUCAAGAUGUCUGGAAAUGGGCGAGAACUGGGUGAGCAUGGCAUGUAUGAAUACACUGAGCUCAAGACAGUUGCAAUGAAAAUAUCUCAGAAGAACUCAUAAAGAAGCCAGCAAAGUGAUGAGAAACCAUUAAGCAAUUGGACACAUCACCUAUAGUCACCAAUACAGUGACUCUUUCUUACUGACUUUUUAAAAAAGUGAUUCAUCAGUAUUAAUGUCACACGUAGAAAACAUGUAGCUUGAUCUGAAAGAAUCACUAGCCUUCUAAUAUGUGACCCCAAUUCCUAGUGCAUAUGAAAAGGAUUGAUUUAGGUACCUGCUCCUUGUGACUCUGCCAUGAUUAGGUGCUUUCCAGUGUAGACACUUGUUUAGAAUAUUUCCUUGGUAUGGGGGACCAGUAGUGAUUUAAGUUCUCUCCCUCCGUGACCCUUUGUAUGCCUAAUGACUACAGAGUAAGUUGUUCUGUUUCCUAUGGUUAUUCCCUCUGAGUGUUGUGAAAUGGUUUCUAGAAUGCCCAGAUGGAAUUAAAAUGUGACGCUUAAUAAAGGCAAUCUCACAAGAUUUUUGUUCAACUUAAGUUUUUAAAAUAAAUUUUAUUGUUUAAAA